UUAGAAGACCAGUGAUUGGCGUGGAUUACUGAAGUAGUUGCUUAUUAUUUAAACAAGCUAUUUCAUUGUCAGUCAGUCAUUAUCAUCAAGUGCCGGAAACAUCGUACCAUCGUCCGAAAUUAAGGGGCCACGGAGUAAAACAAACUUUUCACGAUGGGCGAAGCAGGACUGACGAUCGGUGGUGCUGUGAUCAUCUCAUUUAUUACUUGGACUGUUUUAUUCUGGUUGAUAUUCUUCCUUCAACCCCAUCGUAGCUACAGAUGGAAUGGGAGAAUGGUUGCAUGCAUCCACGGCAUCGUAAUCUCACUACUCUCACUUGUUUUCGGAAUUUGGUUCAACCCUUCGCCGUUUACGGAACCUGGAAGCGAGUCCAACGUGUAUGAAGUUCUCGUCAUGGUUAUCUGUCUGGGCUAUUUUAUCUUCGACUCUUUCUGGUGUCUUUGGUCCAACGUUUAUGGCAAGGAGACCAAUCUAUUCAUCAUACAUCACAUGGUCGCCUUUGCGGGAAUGGUGACGUCACUAUACCUUGGUGUUUCUGGUACUGAAACUAAUUCCACUAUAUUCCUGGCUGAAGUCACAAACCCAUUGAUGCAGUUCCGUUGGUUCAUGAGGGAAGUAGGCUUGAAGGUUCACAAUGUGUGGUAUGAGAUCAAUGAUUUCAUAUUCAUAGUGACUUAUUUAACUCUGAGAGUUGGAUUGUCACUUUAUCUGGCAUAUUGUGAGGUUAUACAUCCACAACCAACCGACAUCUUUAAGUUUUUAGCGGUGUCAUUUACUGUGAUGAACAUUAUUCUCUCUGUAGGUAUUGCACAGUUUGCUUACAGAAAAUACACUGUAAUGUACAAAGAUAUUAAGCAAUGGAACAACACUGGUGAAAGACAGUUGUGUGUAAAAGAUUAUGGUCAACUUAGAAACGGUAGCACCACCUUCGACCGAGAACACGGUGAUUGAUACAAUGUCAUUUCACAAAGGCCUCGAGAUAGCAGUCAUUAAUAAAGGUUUUUAGGCAAUACUAUUUAAAUAGAGGUUUUUAAAGAAUAACUUUAUUGAAAUAGAACAUCUAUUGAAGAAAAGCCGCAACAGGACGUUUGGGACAAAUCAAAUAACAGACUCGAUGAUUAAUUAUACGAAUUGAUAUUCCAAUAUUAUUUGCAAACUGUGGCAAAGAAUAUCGUUACGUAGUUGCAGGAAAUUAUUGUGUACAUUGCUAUUAAAGCAGACAACACAAUGGCAAGCCAGCCAAUUAUUAUUUGCUCUUGUAACGUUUGAAUUUCACACACAAACAGUUUUUAGUUGUAAAAAAUCAUUAAGGUAUGUUAAAAAAUCAUGGUUUCGUGCCUUUAGAUUAUAGGAUAUAGUACAUGCAUCUUUUGGUUAUUUAAUGAUGAAAGAGUGAAGAUAUUUAGUUUGGAGUAUAAAAAGUUAGGUCUUAUGUUUGUACUCAAUUUUACGGGUAGUUUAAAUACCCUGUAGUGAUACGAUGAACACAAUGUAAAACACCCGCAGGAAAUUAUCAUCAUUUCAACUAAUUUGAAUUAACACUAAAUUAAUGAAAAUGCUGGUAUACGUGCCUUUAUGCGACUAUUUAUAAAUAAUGCUUUUAAGAAAAAUACGUGAGCGUUUUGACUGAAGGGCAUGUUUGUGAUCAUAAUGUAAACACAUACUGGUACAGGUGACACUUGCAGUUCGUUCCUCAGAAGUAUUUGUCUUUAUAAUAUAUCAUACAUUGUAUACUUAUAUACGGAGCUCCAGGAGUGCCAUCCCACAUAUUGAGAUACCGACAUAAUUUAUCUCAUCAAGACGACUUAUUUCGUGGUAUAAGUUAACUUACCGACAUAUUUUA